AUGACGUCAAUCAAACCAUUUCAAAUCGAGGACUUGUUUGAGUUCAAUUCAGUCAAUCUCGACCCACUCACGGAAAACUUCAAUAUUUCGUUUUAUUUACAGUAUCUUACCGACUGGCCCCAGCUAUUCUUCAAAUCAGUAGAACUUUCCCGUCAUUUUGGCCAACCACAUGAAAUCAGCGGAUAUAUGAUGGGCAAGACCGAGGGCAAGCUCGCGAAAAAGGAAUGGCACACGCAUAUCACUGCAGUGACUGUGCAGGACCAGUAUCGUCGACUUGGACUCGCCAGCGAGUUGUGUCUCGAGCUUGAAAAAAUGACCAGCGUGGCACCCUAUGAGACGUUGUUUGUAGAUUUGUUUGUCAAAGUAACAAACACUUUGGGGAGGCAGUUGUAUGAGAAGUUGGGCUAUAGCGUAUACCGACGAGUAGUCGGGUACUAUGGCCAGACAAUGCCGAUGGACAGGAAUGCCAUUGACGAUGAGAUUGAUGCGUUUGAUAUGAGAAAACUGUUGCCGCGAGACACGAACAAUGAGACAAUUAGAGACAAAGGAGACAAAGUAUAUGUGCUACCUCAGGAGGUGACGUUUUAG